CGCAAAGACAAAAAGAACGACAACAUUUCUAACAAGAAAAAGCUUCAUUUUACGUUCUUUUUGGCAUAGGGCGAUGACGAUCACCACACCAUCACGAAACGUUUCCAUUUCUUGCCGUUAGAAGAUCUCAAGAUCAUAUGCAACAUUAUUCAUCAAAUGCAGGAAAUAAAUUAGCGAAUGCAGCAGAUCCAAUAGUUUGUUUGUUUCUUCUGACAUUGGAUCGAAGCGAAAACGAUGGAUUCACUAUCGUCAUCGUCAUCGGCAAUUGUGGAGUCCUUGCGGGGCUGUGGCAUUUCGAGUAGCGCUCGCUUGGGUAAAGAGGAGCUGAGGAAAAAGUUUACGAUGCCACAAUACCUUCGGUUGGCGAUGCGGGAUUCCAUCAGGUACAACGACGCAGCCGCCGGGGAGAGUCGUCGCGUUGGUGGCGACGAUGACUCCGACGAAGCGGCACCGUUGGUGCCGAUCGUGGUUUUCAUCAACCCUCGCAGUGGUGGUCGCUGCGGCCCCUUACUCAAGGAGAGACUCCAACAUCUCAUCAGUGAAGAGCAGGUUUUAGACAUCUUAGAAGUGAAGCCUCAUGAGUUUAUCCGGUAUGGGUUAGGUUGCCUGGAGAUGCUGGCUGCCCUUGGAGAUUCAUGUGCUGACGAAACUCGUGAAAGAUUGAGGAUUAUGGUAGCCGGAGGAGAUGGUAGUGUUGGGUGGGUAUUAGGAUGUCUCUCAGAACUUCACGCACAAGGUCGGGUGCCGGUUCCUCCGGUAGGGAUCAUACCUCUUGGUACCGGGAAUGACCUGUCUAGGAGUUUUGGUUGGGGUGGUUCCUUUCCUUUUUCAUGGAAGGCAGCUAUUAAGAGAAGUCUUAACAAAGCUACUGUUGCUCCACUUUGUCUUUUGGAUAGCUGGCGAUUUUCUAUUUCAAUGCCAGAAGGCACAGUGAUAGAACCACCACAUUGUUUGAAGCAUACAACAGAGUUCACAUUUGAUGAGGAUUUAGAAAUUGAGGGAGAAUUGUCCGAAAAUAUUAUAUAUUACGAAGGCGUGUUCUACAAUUACUUCAGUAUAGGAAUGGAUGCCCAAGUGGCUUAUGGUUUUCAUAAUUUACGAAAUGAAAAACCUUACCUUGCACAAGGUCCAAUUGCAAAUAAGAUUAUAUACUCUGGUUACUCAUGUACUCAAGGAUGGUUCUUCACACCAUGCACUAGUGAUCCAAAAUUAAGGGGACUAAAAAACAUUUUGCGGAUGCAUGUCAAAAAGAUCAAUAGCUCAGAGUGGGAGCAGGUUCUAGUUCCAACAAGUGUAAGGGCAAUAGUUGCUCUAAAUCUCCAUAGUUAUGGAAGUGGGAGAAAUCCAUGGGGUAAUCUCACACCAGAGUAUUUAGAAAAGAGAGGUUUCGUAGAAGCAAAAGUUGAUGAUGGACUUCUAGAAAUAUUUGGUCUGAAACAAGGAUGGCAUGCAUCAUUUGUGAUGGUUGAAUUGAUUUCUGCAAAGCAUAUAGCACAGGCUUCAGCAAUUCGGUUGGAAGUGAGAGGAGGAGAAUGGAAAGAUGCAUUCAUGCAAAUGGAUGGAGAGCCAUGGAAACAACCUAUGAGCAAAGACUUCUCAACAUUUGUAGAAAUUAAGAGAGAACCUUUUCAAUCACUCAUGCUUAGUGGAGACUAAACCUUCCUCUCUUUUUUCUUUUUCAUAAUAAUUAGGUUUCUGUACAUUAGUAACCACAAACAAUAUACCCACAUAAGUGUUUUAGGUUUCAGAGCAAAAUCAUGGAACAAAUGAAGAUUUCAACACUCAUGGUUUGGGUGGAUUUUAAAACCAUGCUCAUCACCAAUCAUGUAAUUAUUUUUUUA